AUGUUAAAAAGCUUACUGAAAUUAGGAACAAACUCUGAAAGUGGAAAAAAGAAAGAUGCUAUAGAAAAUUAAGCACCUCAGCUUCCACCAAAUUUUUCAGAUGAAGUAUUUAAUUUAGAACUCGAGGCAGAGCAUCCUAACGUUGAUAUACAAGUCAUUAAUCGCUUAGUCGAACUAUAUGCAAUUGCAAUCGAAUACUACGAGAGUAUUAAAAGUGACAAAUACUUGAUUUUUAAAAAUAAAACUAGAUCUCUUUUGCUUAAAUAGAAUGUAAACAUGGCAAUAGACAAGGCAUAAGAAGAAUUAAAAUCUGAGCCUAAUGAGGAACUUCCAUUUGACUUAAAGAAAGAUAAGCUAGAAUUUAGCUGCGAUGAAAAUAUAAGCAAAUAACGCCAAAAAGAAUUAGAACUUAAUAUGAAGUACAUAUAAUAAUAGGAUACCAAAGAGUCAGUAAAGACCCUAAUUAAUUCUCACAGCCAAGACAUCCGCCAUAACAAAAAAAUUAUAUAAAGAGACACAGAUACUCAACUUAGUCUUAUCUAAAAGAGGUUACAAAUGAGAAAAAUAAAAAAGCAUGGACCAGAGAGUGUCGAUACAGAAGAAAAUGAAAAGGCAAAAUCAGAUAAUGGAGGAAGAAUACGUGGAUCCUUUGAAUUGUCUAGUAAAAAUGAACUUGAUAUGGAUAUAAUUGAUAUUACUACACCUGCAAAAACAGAACCUAGUGUGAGUGAAUCUAAUCUUAAAGAGACUUAAUUUUAGUAAAAGUAGGAAUUUAUGUAAGAAUUUGAAAUACCAAAUCAUUAUGAAUAAAUGGUUUUAUCGUAAUUGGAUCAAACCAGAAAUACUUCUAACUACCAAGAUUCAAAUUAGAUUAAUUUUGAGUAAAGCUAUUUAUAAAAUAAUGACUCAUCUGCUUUGAAUAAAACUGAUUAAGUACAUGAUUUGUUCAGGGAACAGCACUCAUCUGAAUAAAAGAAAGCUAAAAAGAAGAAAGUGCGUGUCAGUCAAAAAUCAGUGAUGGAAUUUUAGCUUUAAAAUUCAAUUAUCCCCUUUUGA